AUGCCACUGUCAACAAGAGAUUACCAACGUGAUAGACGCAAUUCUCGUCUUGCUGCUGAAGCGCUAAUAGCCUUUACCGAAGGCUUUGAACUUUUCGAUACUGACAAUACUAGCUUAAAUCGUACGCCACUUAAUAAUGUACGCAGUUCUCGCCAUCCGUCUAAUGCGACGGUAGCAAACAAUUUAAUUAGCAAUGUUGAAGAUCAAACAACACAUAAAAGCGUUUCAACACCGAAAAAGUCUCUGUUUGGACACUAUCACUGGAAAAUGAGUCAUUAUUUCUACAUUCAUCUAAUCACUUAUAUUUUCAAUGGGUUCUUCGGUGGUCUCAUCAUUUUUUUGAUUGAAAAUUAUUCAUCUUAUCGAAAUAAAUAUAUGGUCGUAACUUAUCUUGAUGCUUGGUUUACGACUGUCUCAACCAUAUGUAGUUGUGGUUUGACUACUAUAGAUUUUGCUCAGCUCUCUCAUGCAUCACAACUUGUCAUGAUGAGUUUUGCAUUUAUAUCAGGUUUUGCAAUGAGUACACUGCCAGCACUCAUAAUUAAAGCUCAAACUCACAAAACUACUCAAGGUACCAAUGUUGAUGACGAUAAUGAAAAGUAUGACAAAGAAAAUGAUGAUGAAUUGGAAAUGUCAAAUCAUCGAUCGGAUCAAAAUUUACCACCACAUAUUCGUAUUGAAUUAUUACGAUUGCCAACACCAUUAGAACUUCGAUAUCGUGCAUAUAUCAUGUGUAUUUCACUCAUACUCGAUUUAGGCAGCAAAGACUUACAACAAUAUAGUCCUGGUAUACGUUUAAUUAUUUUUAUUUUUCAAACAGUAAAUUUACGAUUUUGUGGUUUUCAAUCGUUCGAUAUCAGUUUGUUUGCGACAGCAACAGUUCUCGUCUAUUUAUUAUUGAUGGCUACUAAACCACAAAUGUUGUGUGCACUUGAUGAAUCACCAUUUGAAAUAUAUUGGUUGACUCUAGAAGCUCAAGCAGAAGUCGAUGCUGAAACAAACAAUAACCAAAGAAACAUGUCCAAGUCACUUCCAUUGAUGUUACAACGUGCAAUGUCGGUUGCACCAACCACAACUACAGACGCUUCGCUCUUCAAAAAAAUGAAAAGUUUUUUACGUCGACAAAGUCUCCUUACUAAAGAACUUGCAAGAAAAGAAUUUUCGAAAAAUGUUGAUGAUGAGAAAAGCAUUCCAAAACGCUCCAAACGUAUUAAAGUUCUACGUUUACGUUUAUUUCUCAUUCAUUUUAUUAGAGCACUAGCCAAACAUACAUUUGACUUUUUCAUAUUGACAAGAACUUGGUUAUUUGUCUUUAUUUUCCUUAUUUGUGCUAUUGAAUACCGUCGAAUGGCACCAGUGGAUCCACAUAUAACACUUUCAAAAAUUAUCUUUGAGAUUAUCUCUGCCUUUGGUGGAGUUGGUAUGUCUCUAGGCUAUCCCAAUAAAACAACAAGCUUUGCCUCUGUUCUUUCUACUGGAAGUAAAGUCAUACUUAUUGCAACUAUGCUCAUGGGUCGACAUCGUGGUUUACUAGCAUCAAUGAAAGAUCAAGAAGUGAUUGAAUAUAGUGCUAUAAAUAUAUUGGUUCGUCGACGUGAAGAAUAUAUACUUCAAUCUCAAACUUCUAGAAUACGCGAAAUAACAGUCAAAGGAAAAAAUAAUGAUCCAACGGUCGUACAUUUCUAA